AUGCCCCGUGCCUCAUUCACUCUGCAGAACGGCAUUGACGCUAAGAACUUGAACGCACAGUUCGCUACGUUGACUCCAAGCUCGCCCUGUACGUCGGGUACGAACGCAUGUGUCGGUACUGCAUUUGCACAAUGUGCCAAUGGCCAGUUCGUCACGUUCCCCUGCAACACCGGUCUCAUCACUCCCGCUCGUACUUUCUCCUGGGACAAGUAUCGCGUGCACGACGGCGGCUGA